GAGAUAAAGUCAACACCACAGACAUUUAGUAGCCUAAAUGAAAUUCAAAUGAACCGGAGAAUGGUUAGAUGAUGGUUAAAUCUGUCCACAGACACUCUGAAUGAUGAGCAGACUGUGGUCAGGCUGAAUGGAGUGGAGGCGUAACGCGAGGACAUUGCGGUAUAAAUCGGUAGAGAUGGGUAAUAAGAGAGAGAUCCAACAUGUUGACCUCACAGUGACCCCUUCAACUUUCAACUGUGGAUGCCUCCGGUUAUCAGGAUCUACAGUAAUCCAAUCAAAAUGUUGCGCGCUCGUGUCAACCCUCUGUUUGUUGCUGCUGAUUUAGGCCUCUUGUGUCUAUAAUCUACUAUGAGAUGAUGAUAUGUGCGUGGCUGUGAGAUUAGACCUGUGGGUUUGUAGGCUAUCAUUUCAGGAAAUGCACAAACCAAAUCAUCACAUUUGGGUUUUGUAAGAAAUAAGGUGUUGCAGUUGUGCUAAUCAACAAUAUAGCAAUAGAGCUAUUUUAGUACCCUGCAGCCCCUAAAUCCCGUCAUUCAUUAGGCCUAUCAGACAUUUUCUUUUAGAUUGGCGACCAAAAAAUGUUGGUAAAAAAAAAAAAAAAGCCUUCUGCGUUUCAUUUGCAUCCUAAUGUGGUUUAAUAAUCAUCUUCAUCAUUAGUUUUGUUUAUUAAAUAUAUUUAUAUUUCACAUCAGAAGGUUUAAUUCAAGCAAGAGAAAAAUAUUCUCACUUUUUUUACUUCAACAAUAACAAGUUUAUCUGAUCAAUCAGGACAUUUAGAUGGAUAUCCAUUUUUUUUUAUUACUAUUUUUUAUUUUCAGGUAGAAAGGGAGUCAAACAGAGGUGUGUGUGUGUGUGUGUGUGUGUGUGUGUGUGCGUAUGUUUGUGUGAUGUAAAAUCAAAUGAGAAGGCUGUAGUAGGCUAUAAAGGAUGUAUUCUCCCAGUGACGAAUAGACAUUAACAAUAAACAAACAAACAUUAACAAGUUUAUCUGAUCAAUCAGGACAGUUAGAUAGAUAUCCAUUUUUUAAUUUUUUAUUUUAUUUAGGCUAUAAAGGAUGUAUUCUCACAGUGACGAAUAGACAUUGUGUGAAUUAAUUAAUUAAUUAAUAAAAAUGCUUUUUAAAAAAUGGUGCGCGUGCGUGUAUGCCCGCGUGCGUGUGCGCGUUUGCGUAAGUGUGUGUGUAUGUAUGUGUGUGAUUGGCCAAUGUCACAGCUGUGAUUUGGGCUGCAGAUACCGAUGCACCGUGCAGACCUAUGGGAGCGUAGAGAAGGCAGAAGUGGGAGGGCAGACUGGACUUGACUCCAUUUGUAAUGAAGGAUGUGCUGAGCUGAGUUCAGGUUCAGAUCAGGGCUGCUGCUGCUGCUGCUGCUGCUGCUGGGUCCGCGAGGGCAACCACAGAGAGAGGAGCGAGACAGAUGAGGAGGAAUUUACAUCCGUUUUGAGCGCAUAUCGCAGCCUUUGCAGAGCCUUUGCAUGGUCCUGUAUUCGGACUGAGCAGCACGGAGGAGACGCACAUCAGAGAAAGAGAGAAACAACCCGAUGGUAUUUCAGAGCUGCACAUGGAACAUGGAGGAUUUUUGAGAAAACUGGCACGGCAAUAUUUGGACCGUUGGAUUGUUAAAAAAUAAUUCAGUGGAAAUCAAAGCAAGCUAGAAAAAAAAAAAAAAAAAAAAAGCACGAGCAGGCUGCAGAGCGCGCAGGAGCAGGAUGAGCGUGUUUUGUGCAGGGAGAGCAGCAGAGCAGUGCGUCUGAGUGGGACAUGGCAAACGGAGGAGACCAGUUCGGCCUUGCAGAGCGUCCAGACUCUGACUGCAUGGAUUCACCAAAAGAGAGCAAAGAGAGAGAAAAUCCCAGCUACACCUUAAACUCACCAGCUUCACCACAGACACCAUCCAGCCAGCAGGGGAUGGAAGGAAUCAAAGUUUUCCUCCACGACAGAGAACUUUGGACAAAGUUUGAUGAAGUGGGAACUGAAAUGAUCAUCACCAAGGCUGGAAGGAGGAUGUUCCCCAGUUACAAGGUGAAAGUCACAGGACUCAACCCAAAAACCAAGUACAUACUCCUGAUGGACAUUGUGCCCGCCGACGACCACCGCUACAAAUUUUCAGACAACAAAUGGUCGAUAACUGGAAAGGCAGAGCCGGCCAUGCCGGGCAGGCUCUACGUUCAUCCGGACUCUCCUGCCACCGGAUCGCACUGGAGCCGCCAGCUCGUCUCCUUCCAGAAGCUCAAACUCACCAACAACCACCUGGACCCCUUUGGACAUAUAAUACUCAACUCCAUGCACAAAUACCAGCCUCGCCUCCAUAUUGUCAAGGCGGACGAGAACAACGGCUUCGGCUCAAAAAACACGGCUUUCUGCACCCACGUCUUCUCUGAGUCUGCCUUCAUCGCUGUGACGUCCUACCAGAACCACAAGAUUACACAGCUGAAGAUAGAGAAUAACCCUUUUGCUAAGGGCUUCAGAGGCAGCGAUGACAAUGAGCUGCACCGCAUGGCCAAGCUACAAGGUAAAGACUACCCUGUGGUCCCUCGCAGUACUGUCCGUCAGAGAGCCUGCUCCACCGGGAGUCCCUUCAGUGGGGAGGGUCGGGGUCUGCGGGGUUCCCCCGAAGCGGUCGGCUCCCCCUACAGCUGUGAGAACGGCCUGAGCAGCAGCAGUCCCCAGGAGCUGCUGAGGGCUCCCCCUGCACACUACGCCCUGCCUCAUCCUCACCUGCAGCACGGCCAACAGCCGCAGGUUUACCACGGCACCAAGAGGAAAGUGGAGGAGAACUGCUCUCCGGGAAACCGCCAGCACCCGUACAAGAAACCCUUCACCGGUAGCUCUCCGAGUGAGGGCGAGUCUUACUAUCACCCCUCCUCCUAUCCUCCUCCUCCACCCGGUCUGUCCAACAACCCUCUCACUGACUCCCCCUACAGCUCUGACAUGGGACAGCGUCAGGCGUGCAUGUUUGCCGGCUCCGAGUCCAGACUGGAUGAACUCAACUGUGCAUCCUGGUCAUACACCUGCCCGCUCCCCUCUGCCAUGACCCCGAUGGAACCCUACCCACCUUACACCCCUCAUCCCCCCUACAGCUCCAGCCCUCAGGGCUCCCGACUCAGCGCUAUAGCCCACCAGAGCUCUCCGCCGCUGGGAGAACCCAUCGCCCACGACCCCUUUCAGAGCUCUGGACCGCCAUCUCAGAGCUCCCAAAACAUUCACAGCAGGCAGCUCAGCCCUCCUCUCAGAGAGUAUCCUCGCUACACGCCCAACCUGUCUCCUCCUCUCUACCACACGCUAGAGACGCACACACACAUCAGGUCUGGCGUCCCAGAAUGGAGUGCAGCCUCCUAACUGAACCAGAGGACACACCCGAAAAGACUGAUCAGUGGACAGAGAUUCCUCGUCUCAAAUUCAGUGACCCUUCUUUCUGCUCUUUGGAAAGAUGCUGCGCCAUAUACAGACUAAUAUUACCUUUGUAAAAUAAUUGUGAAAAAUGUGAUUUUGUGCUGCGUGAAGAGGUCUCAUCUGUUCGUCAUGUUUCUCCCCCGUGCUGGAUGGAGCAGUGGAUCGUUAAAGACUUUAUCCAUGAUGCUUCAGACGUUAAAAAAAAAAUAAUCUGAGCAGCACAAAGUUGUAUUUUAUUGUCUUUCCACAACCCAAAGCCUGGUGUCAUCCUAAUGUUUGCACUGUGAGCCCUGUUAAGGCCGGACCGUGAGCAGCACUAGGCUGUUUCCUCUAAAUGACUCCCUCUCUCUCUCCAUUGUGAAGGAUGUAAAUUGUGACCCACUGUCAGACAGGCAGUAGCAUUUACUGACCAAAAUAAUCUCAGCUCUCACAGCAGAGCCUGAGGGAGACAUUGUUUCUCUUUAGUGGAGCAAAGCACAGCUCCAUGCUCAGUCUCAGUGAAGGAGAAAAGGCAUGAGUUGUCCGUGUGUGUGUGUGAGUGUGUGUGUGUGUUUGUAUGUAAAGCCUUUGUCAGCUCAGCUCAACGAUGCUAUGAGUUAAUUUCCAAUGAGACAGGCAGCAGUAGCUGCAGGCGCUGCACCAUAGAAAUAAACAGUUUGUUUAGACCACGCUACAGGCUGAAGGACCUGUAAACACUGCUUCCAUUGCAUUCUGGGUAAAUGCACAACUCAGCGUCACGCAUCUGUCACCACUGUCCUCUCAGUCACCCCCAGCUGACCAAUCAGCUCUCUCCGUUUCUCUGAGAGCCAGCCAACGAACAUGCGGCUCUCUGUUAUCCCCGUCUGACCACUCAGAGUUGGAGCGCAGCAUGUUUCAUGUGUGCGUGUGUGUUUUGGCCCAUUUUUGUUUGUUUUUGAAUUAUUCAUGAGUCCAGCGUUGAUCCUUGACGUGUCACGAUUGCUCAGCAAACAUAAAGAAUCACAGUGCUGUAAAUGUGAUAAUGUUGAUGCACCAACUCUUUUUAGUCUCUUUAUUUUGAGUCUAAAUGUCAUGUCCAUACAGCAUUUCUCCAUUAAUCACUUUGACAAGAUUGGGUUAUACAUUUCCCUGUGAAGAAACGUGUGGCGCUCGCAGUGCAAGCUGAGAUUUGGGUUCGUUUUUGUGUAAUGAAGCAGUUUUGAUAUUUCUGCCCAGGUGUUUUACAUGCAGUAACAUGUGAGAUGGUGCUCUAACAUUACAAACCAUCAGUAUGCAGAGAGCACAUCCUCAUCAUUGAUAUGUUUGUGUGUGCAUGUGAGUAUGUGUGUGUGUGUGUGUAUGUGUGUGUUACAAUGAGAUUUUUUAUAGCCUUGUUCCUGCUAAUAGUAUUUAUUACUCUAGAUUUGUAAAGAUUAGUUUGUUGUUAACUUGUGAAACAAGACGGUGUUGUUCAGAGAUAUUUGAAGGUUUGUUUCUGGUUUCACCCUCCAUCUCCAAGUGAUGAUAAAUAUAGUUGUGAUAAACAAACAAACUCUUUUCUGUUCUAUGGAAAUAAAAACAGAUUUAUAUACAGAAA